AUGGCCUCGUCAAUCCUUCACUACUCCCGACCGUCGAUUCUUAGACCACAGCAGCACACCAACUCUUGCGCAACCCGACUCGAUACUAACUUACCGCGGAUUAAUGUAGCGCCCUUGCGGACGCCUUUCAAGGUGCAAGCCAGCAGCAGUGGUUAUAGCAGCAGUUUUAGUAGCAAUGGUAUUGCCAGCCGUCAAGACCGCAGCAACUAUAGCGAUGACCUCAUUUCCGCGCAACCCUCGACAUUUUUCGAGGAUCUACAGUCUCACAUCCAAUCAGCAGCGUCGCGGAUUCUUCUUCCCUCGCUGCUCGCGGCGUCGCUUCUCACCACUGAGGCCAUGCUGCCACCUCAGCAGUCCAUGUUGCCGCCUCAGCAGUCCAUUCUGCCACCUCAGCAGUCUGCUGAGCUGGCACCGCUGUCAGGAGCAGCAGCGGAACAAACGGGAGGUUCGACAGGGACGUUAGGGUCUGCAGCUGACGUGGCAGGGGCGGCUGAAAAACACGUACUAAACAAGACAAAUGUGCAGAGUGGGUUGUCAGCGGAGGGGAAGAAGCAGGCGGUGGAAGCUGCCAGGAAGCUGCGCAAGAUGGACGCCUGCGGGGGAGGGUGCUGGAUCUGGCCGUCCAUCUCCCAGCGCGCGUAUCAGACGGCUGAGAUCGUUGCUUACGUGAACGGUGCAGAUUACAGCCGCAUUGUGCCAGAGUACAGCUUUCUGGACGCCAGGGGGCUGGGGGCGUUUGAAGGACAGCCGCUUGAAUCGAUGCGCGAGGGAGACUCUGUGCUCUCCUGUCUUGAUCCACCCUCCCUCAUUUCUCUCACCACACCACAUGGCCCCCAUGCCUCCGCCAUCCCUCCUCUCCCUCAUCUACAGAUCUACCUGGAGGACUCGGUGUCCUCCCGCUGGCGCCCGCCCCCAUUUACUGACGGCACCCCUCACGAGAGCGUGGCAGACGUGCUCGUGAGGGUGACGCAGCUCAUGUCCAUCCUUUUUGUGCCGGGCUCUCUUUUCGUGCUUGUGCUCUCCUCUCCAGGUGUAUCUAGAAGACUCCGUGUCCUCCCGCUGGCGCCCCCCGCCAUUUACUGA